ACGUAGACACUGAACGGAUUCUUCUAAGCAGCGGUUCAAUUGCUGGUGCAAUAUCUCCCCCGUAGUGUCAGCACGCUAGAGACACCGCGAGGCUGCAUCGGCCGCGCGGCCGGGACAAGCAAGUGCCACCUGUGACAAUAAUUGCCCAGGCACGUGUCCAAAACCGGAGCGACAAGGUGCAACCACGACUGACAACACAUGCUGAUCUUCGCGCGCAGGUGCCAAGGAGGAGGAGGAGGAUGAAGGGGUAGAGGGGGCAACGGGAGAGGGAGAAGCCAAGAGGUGGCGGGCCAAAGAACGACAAAUAAAUGUAUCAUGACCCACUUCAGGAUACGGAGGCAGCUCCGAUCACCGGGCGCUGGAGGCUCGCAAAGUAACAGCGGCCCGCCCGGCGGGAGCGCCUGGCACAUGCGCGCGUACAGCAAACAAAAUCGCCCACUCAGAGGCUCGCAACCACGCUCGCCUCAGACCAUGUCGGCGCUGAUCUCGAUGCGGAUCUCGACGCCCGCUGGGGCGCCAACGUCGGAUGAGGCGUGGACGUUGGUGUCAAUGCUGGUGUCAAUGAUGGUGUCGAUGCUGGUGUCGGUGAUGGUGGCAAUGCUGGCGUCGCUAUUACGCUAUCAGCCACUCGGCCGGGACAGCGCUGCGCACCGUGAGAGCAGCACGCACGCACCAACUCCAUGACAUUCAGAGGGGGGACAAUAUUUGUCCGCCCUCUCCCCGUGCCCGGUGUCAUUGCCGGGAUUGGUGCCCUUUCUUAUCCGCAGAGAAAAUAAGUCGUACAACGUUUCAGUGCGAGACUGUUCAACGUCGGCAGGUCGGCGCGGGAGUCGGCGAGCUGGCCGAUGCUGGAGUCGGCGAGCGAGUCGGCGUGGGAGUCGGCGAGCUGCUCCGUGCGGGAGUCGGUGAGCUGGUCGGUGCGGGAGUCGGCGAUCUGCAUCGGCCAAGAUCGCCCACCGCCGCGCCGACCAGCUCGCCGACUCCUGCACUGACGAGCUCGGGGCUCGCAGACAUGCCACGUCCUCGAGCAUUGAAGGCAUAUUUUUGUUGUCAGUUUUUUUAAAUGGCCGUGAGUUUCGCUUGAGACUUCCUUACGGCGCACUGUGCCAAAACUGAACAUGUGCAACAACUAGCUGCACGGAUGGAUGGCCAGUCGUUUUCAACGUGUGGCUCGCGUCGUCUCGUGGCGCACAAUCUUCUGGAACACGUCUCGAC